CCAUCAACACUGGGUAAACAUUAAUGGCCGCCAUCUGCGGAACGCGUUGGCGGCUUUCAGCGUGAUUUCUGGUGUUUAUGGUGCACACAGCAUUCUGUUAAAAACUUGAAUGUUUCGAUACAUUCCGACACUCCAUCAAGAAUGUCUAUAGUAGCCGAUUCGCUGAUAGUAGUCCUGUCGCAGGAAGCCUCCAGAAAGAUAACUGGAGGCUUAGAAAAUAGAAGUAUGAUGCAAGCAAGCUUGAGUGAUGGCACUCAAGUAUGAGAUGGUACAAUGAGUAGGAAGGUGUUUAUAAAAGUGGACAUACCUGAUGUGCGCUGUUAUGGACAUGAGUCAUCAGCAAGCAUUCUUUUUUGCUGGAGGAUGGGUGUUCUUUAUGAAGCAACUUUUCAAGGACUAUGAGGUUCAUCAUUUAUCUGUACAGCUCUUAUUUUCCGUCACCUUUUCCUUAUCGUGUACAAUGUUUGAGCUGAUCAUAUUCGAAAUUCUUGGGUUCCUAGAAUCAAGUUCCCGGUAUCUUCACUGGAAGCUGGGCCUUUACGCCAUACUAUUUAUGCUCAUCGUCUUGCUGCCAUUUUACAUUGGCUACCUCAUCAUCAGCAAUCUAAGGUUUGUCAAGAGCAGGGCAAUCAAGCCUCUGGCGCUGGCAUCGUGGCUGCUGUUUGUUUACUUGUUCUGGAAGAUUGGAGAUCCUUUCCCAAUUCUGAGUCCAAAGCAUGGUAUUUUGUCCAUCGAGCAAGUCAUCAGCCGAGUGGGUGUCAUUGGUGUAACACUCAUGGCUCUCUUAUCGGGCUUUGGUGCAGUCAACUACCCAUACACAUCAAUGGCCUACUUUAUGAGACCUGUGACACCAGCAGAUGUACAAGGUCUUGAAAAGAAGCUGAUACAAACAUUGGAUAUGAUCGUAAUGAAGAAAAAGAGGAUAGCCUUAGCCAUGCGGGAAAGAUUGCAGCAAUCUGGAGGAGGAAGGCAGUCAUCUGGCAUCUGGGGGAUGCUCAAGAGUGUCACUUAUCUGCCAUCUGGAGGUACAGAAAAUAUCGCCCAGCUGAAACAGGAAGUGAAUGCCCUUGAAGAAUUCAGCCGUCAGCUGUUUUUGGAAGCAGUGGACAUGCAUAACAUGCAGGAACGUAUUCAGUGGUCCCAUACAUUCAAGGGGAAAUACUUCAAUUUCAUUGGCUAUUUCUUCUCCUUGUAUUGCAUGUGGAAGAUAUUUAUUUGCACCAUUAACAUUGUGUUUGAUCGUGUUGGCAAAGUUGACCCUGUCACUCGAGGAAUGGAGAUAGCGGUCCACUACAUGGGUUUUGAUGUCGAUGUGAAGUUCUGGUCUCAACACAUUUCCUUUAUCCUUGUUGGCAUAAUUGUCAUAACUUCCAUUCGUGGCCUCUUGAUUACAUUGACCAAGUUUUUCUAUGCUAUUUCAAGCAGCAAAUCUUCAAACAUAAUUGUCCUAGUUCUGGCUCAAAUUAUGGGCAUGUACUUUGUAUCAUCAGUGCUCUUAAUCAGGAUGAACAUGCCUGCUGAAUACAGGUCCAUCAUAACAGAAGUCUUGGGAGAACUUCAGUUCAACUUCUAUCAUCGCUGGUUUGAUGUGAUCUUCCUUGUGAGUGCCCUGUCAAGCAUUGGUUUCUUGUACUUGGCACACAAGCAAGCCCCGGAGCGAGACACCAUGUAGAUAGCCGUACACUUCUGUGACAUUGACUCCUAGCACAAGACAUCUUCUCUACCCAGCAGAUGUUGAAAGAAACGAUGCAGUAUUGUACUUGUCUUUGGAAUACUGAAAGCAGGUCUAAGUGUGGGAAGCACUUGCCUGCCAGCUUUGCCUCA